UAACCGGGUCCCACCAUGCGCCCGACCCCACCUGUCAUACUCUGGGACCUCCUAGCAUAUGUUCCCUGCGCAGCGGCGGGGUGGGGCGCCACGUCACCAUUCGCCGCCCUCCGCCGCGGGUCCCUCGCCAAGAUCCGUCAAGUGUUCCUCCCUCCUUGUUGCCGCCGCCGCCGCCUCAUCCUCCGGCGACCCGGAGGCGGGGAGGGAGAGUGCGCCGGCGUCGUCCGGCGAUCGAGUGGGCGGGAGGAGAUGUUCCUGGUGGACUGGUUCUACGGGGUGCUGGCGUCGCUGGGGCUAUGGCAGAAGGAGGCCAAGAUCCUCUUCCUCGGCCUCGACAACGCCGGCAAGACCACGCUCCUGCACAUGCUCAAGGACGAGAGAUUGGUUCAGCAUCAGCCUACGCAAUAUCCAACUUCUGAAGAGCUGAGUAUCGGAAAGAUCAAGUUUAAGGCAUUUGAUUUGGGAGGACAUCAGAUCGCUCGCCGUGUGUGGAAGGAUUACUAUGCCAAGGUGGAUGCAGUGGUGUACCUUGUGGAUGCCUACGACAAGGAGCGGUUUGCUGAAUCAAAGAAGGAGCUUGACGCCCUCCUCUCGGAUGAUUCUCUGGCCACCGUACCCUUCCUGAUCCUGGGCAACAAGAUCGACAUCCCUUAUGCUGCGUCGGAGGAGGAGCUCCGCUACCACAUGGGGCUGAGUAACUUCACCACUGGCAAGGGCAACGUUAACUUGGGUGAGUCCAAUGUCCGCCCCCUGGAGGUGUUCAUGUGCAGCAUCGUCCGCAAGAUGGGGUAUGGCGAGGGGUUCAAGUGGGUGUCACAGUACAUCAAGUAGAGUUAGCUAGCUACAGUGAUACACCUGUUUCUACCUUAGCUUACCACACAAAAGAGAUAGAAAGCUAGCUUACCUUGGUCAUGGACAAGUGGUGGUUCAUGGUGGCAGUACAGAUGUGGUCAUAUGGAAGUAGUGUAAAGUCUGGGAUCUUGCCAGAUUUUCCUUCAAUUACAGUGUGAUCUUGGAAGAGGAGCUUACUUUAAACUUGAAGAAUGGUGGGGCUCUUCAUUUCUUACUGUCUA